GAGUCAUCACGCUACCCACCAGUGACUUCUACUAACGUCUGUGGAGGUUGGCUGUUAGGUCAACCCUACUGCUAUUUCAAAGCCAAGUUCCGAUUCUCCAGAUGAAACCCAUACCGUGAAAAUGCACAAAAUCGGCCGUGGGAAAAUUCUCACCAAGGAGUGACCAUGAAAAGACAUACCGGUACUAGGACAGGGCAUUUUGCUGAACCGGGUCUUUCUUGUGUAAAACACUACUGAACAAUGGGACCUUCACAGGUCUUCACAGUCCUUCACCGUGUCGGCCUGCUGUCACCUCUGCGGACUGUGAUCCUCCGCCGUGCCGCAGCGGGCUGUAACUCCGCCCUUCACUGCGGCCAAUCAGCACGAUGGACCACCUCUCAGGGGAGGAGCUAUGGGACUGACUCCGCCCUGAGUCAUCACAUGGGGGAGCUGACUGACAGGGAGAGCAGGGUGCUGGACCGGCUGUACGAGGGGCUGGUGACGGGACAGAGGGCCUGCCUGGCGGAAUCCAUCACCCUGGUGGAGACACAGCACCCCCGGAAGAAGGAGCUGGCGCAGAUUCUGCUCCAGAGAGUCCUGGCCUACCGGCGCCAGCAGGAGGAGGUCAACGGAGGGAAACCUGUAGCUUUUAGAGUGGGGCUGUCUGGUCCUCCAGGGGCGGGCAAAUCUUCUUUCAUUGAGGUUUUUGGGAAGAUGUUGACAGGAAGUGGCCACAAAGUUUCAGUACUGGCUGUAGAUCCGUCUUCCUGCACUACGGGUGGGUCUUUAAUGGGCGACAAGACCCGCAUGACAGAGCUGUCAAGGGAUAUGAGGGCGUUCAUCCGCCCGUCCCCCACAUCGGGAACGCUGGGAGGGGUCACCAGGACCACUAAUGAAGCAAUAGUGCUUUGUGAAGGAGCGGGGUACGAUAUUGUUCUGGUAGAAACAGUAGGUGUGGGUCAGUCAGAGUUUGCUGUAGCAGACAUGGUGGACAUGUUUGUUUUGCUGAUUCCACCAGCAGGGGGCGAUGAACUACAGGGAAUCAAAAGGGGAAUCAUUGAAAUGGCUGAUUUAGUGGUGGUCACUAAAGCAGAUGGAGACUUGCUAGUUCCUGCACGCAGAAUGCAAGCAGAAUACACCAGCGCUCUGAAACUUCUCCGGAAAAAGUCCAAAACGUGGAACCCAAAGGUGGUGCGGCUGUCGUCGCGGACGGGCGAGGGGGUGCCCGAGCUGUGGGCGACGAUGCGCGAGUUCCAGGACGCCACGCUGCGCAGCGGCGAGCUGCAGGCGCGCAGGCAGAGCCAGCAGAAGGUGUGGAUGUGGAACCUGAUCCAGCAGAGCGUGCUGCGGCACUUCCAGGAGCACCCGGCCGUGCGGGACGGCCUGCCCGCGCUGGAGGACCGGGUGACCCGCGGGGACAUCUCGCCCGGCCUGGCCGCCGACCUGCUCCUCAGAGCGUUUUCCUCAGCGAAGUGAAGCUCAUUGCAAGACAGUGCAGCCUUGGAGCAUAAGCACAAACACUGUUAAACACAAACUGCUGGACUGUUUUUGCAGUAUGGAGGGAGAGUGAUUCAUUAGAUUUUUAUUGCAUUUUUUAAAAUUAUCUGUUCUGAACUGAAUAAAUCAAUGAUGGUUAACGGAACCUGAAGUCGUCAUACAUCUCUUUGUCUGCACCUUUGUGGCAUGUUAAUGUGUGGUCUAUUGGCAUGUUAGCCCACAUUCCUGAGCCAUUAUACUGUGGAGCAGACGUUCUCCAGGCAUCCUGUGAUCAUGCUCUAGGCUCUAAGAGCUUCUCUGUGUCACCUGCAUGUUUCAGUAGGCCUGAGG